AUGGUUGACAAUGGAAUAGCUAGAAUAUCAUUUGCAAUGCGGACCAAUAUAGGAUAUUUAGAAACUCCGUUCACCCUCCACCAAUUCAACAAGUCAAAGCCUUCACCAUCUCCUUCAAUAGGAUCUCCAAGAUAUCUAUCCAUAUCGUUGUUUACGAUCUCGGUUAGGUGUGAUAAUGGUCAACCCUUUUCUUUGGAGCACACUAUUCUGCCAAACAUAGAUUUUAAAGAGUGGAUGCUUGAGCAAUCUCUUAAUCUCAAUGCUGAUGUUUUUGCUAAACUGCUCAUGAUUAUGUGGAGUUUGUGGAAAAGUCGAAAUAACAAAUUGUGGGAAGGCAAAGUGCAGUCAACAAAUGACAUUCUGCUGGGAUGCUUUACAUGGCUUGAAGAAUUUCACAAAGCUAGAAUGAGUACUACUUUAGCAGCCCUAAAAACUACUAAGAAAUGGCAGGCUGUUGCAAUUCCUAAGCUAAAUAUUGAUGGAGCAUUUAUCCUGCAAGAAUCAUAUGGUGGAAUUGGAGGAGUUUUAAGAGACCCAAAUGGAGUCUUUCAAGCUGCUUUCUCAAAGCCGGUGUUUCAUGUAAACUUAGCACAACAAAUUGAAUUGUUGGCCAUCAAAGAAGGGCUGCAAUUCAUCAAAAAUCUGCAGAUUCAGAAUGUCAUAGUUGAAACAGAUUGUCUAGUGGCAGUUCAAGAGAUCACAUAUACUGCUUUGAAUAUCUCAGUAAUGAGCAGCAUUGUGCUUGAUAUUCAAUAG